UUUUAGCGAAUUUUAUCCUUCGUUCUGAGUAUAUAACCCCAUUUCUUUUUAUCUGAGGCUUCAGUGUGUUUCAAGCAUCGGCUACGUGAGCUAUGUGUAUUUAAAAAAGUUAAUUUACACUUUUGAUAAGAGAGGAACACUCAGACGACAAUAUGAAGUUACAGUUCAAGAUCUUGCCUUGUAUCAUUGGCAUCAUUAAUGUUUCAUGUUGUACAGUACACCCGGAAGCAAUAGCGCCAAUUGGAAAAAUCCGUGGUUCUAUUCUGAAUUCAAGGCUUGGUCAAAAGAUUUAUUCCUUCCGCGGAAUAAAAUAUGCAGAGUCUCCCACAGGAGAACGACGUUUUCAGGUUCCUAUCCCAGCAGCAGAUUGGAGCAACGUUUUUGAUGCCUCUAAAGAAGGUCCUGCAUGUCCAAGUUUAGAUAAUGUAAAACCGAUGUCCGAAGAUUGCUUGCGUUUAAACGUGUACACUAAAAAACUACCAUCGAAAUGCGAAGAUGAGAAAACACCAGUGCUGGUAUUCUUUCAUCCUGGAGGUUUUUACUCUUUCUCCGGUCAAAGCUUUUACUUUGGUCCCCAAUAUUUGAUGGACCAUAAUAUCGUUUUGGUCACUGUCAAUUAUCGCCUUGGUUCAUUGGGUUUCAUAAGCACGGGCGAUUCAUUAGCUCCUGGAAAUCUAGGUUUCAAAGAUCAGGUUGUAGCACUUCGAUGGGUUCAAAGGAAUAUCGCUGCUUUCGGAGGAGAUGCAAAUUCCGUAACUAUCAGCGGUUAUAGCGUUGGUGCACUCAGUACGAUACUGCAUAUGGUAUCGCCAAUGUCCAAACACUUAUUCCACAGAGCGAUCGUAAUGAGUGCUUGGUUUGCAAGCACGGGACCGUUCCCAACCGAUCAGAACGAUCUUGCGAAGAAGCAGGCGCAACUUUUGCAUUGCCCGACCAAUAAUAGCAGAGAAAUGUUGACUUGUCUCAAAUCGAAACCUGUUGAGAAUUUCACGAAAACUAUGGCAGAUUUCUUCGAAUGGUACGGAGAUCCAAUUAUAGUAUGGAAACCAGUCGUGGAACCAGAAGUUUCAGGAAUAGAACGAUUUCUACCGGCUCAACCUUACGAUCUUAUUAGACAGGGGAAGUUUCAUCAAGUUCCAGCUAUAUUUGGAGUAACGAAAGAUGAAUUUGGCGGAGUAGUUGUCGCAUUCGAGAAUAGAACCAAGGCAGGUUAUGAUAUGUAUCGGGAAAUGAGCGAUAAUUGGUAUCGAAUUGCACCGAUCAGUUUUAUAUACGAUCGUAAGCCACCGCGAUCAGAAUAUAUUAGCAGAGAACUGCGACAGUUUUAUUUCAAUGGUCAACCCUUAAGUUCGGCUAACAGAGACGGUCUCGCACAUAUUUAUGCAGACAGCGUAAUUAUAUUUCCAACGUAUCGUACAGCCAAGUUGAUAGCCACUAAUUCUAGAGUUCCGGUAUAUUUCUAUAAAUUUACAUAUCAAGGACGUUAUAGCUUUACUAUGUGGAACGCUACGACACCUUACGGUGUAGUACAUCAGGAUGAUUUGCAAUAUUUAUUCUUCAUGAAGGAUAUCUUUCCAUACUUUAAUGAGACUGCACCUGAAAUUCCAAUGGUUAAAUUGUAUACAUCUAUGUGGACGAGUUUCAUAGGUACUGGCAAACCUGUCCCAGAGGAUGGUGCAUUUAGCCAUAUAACGUGGGACAGGUUUGUGCCUGAGCAAAACAACUACUUGGAGAUCAACGUAAACCCCACCAUGAAGACUGGUUUGUACCCUGAUAGGAUGGAAGAAUGGGAAAAAUUAUUUCCUCUAUCUCUUGUAUCACAGCGUGAAACAGAAGAUUAUAAAAAGUUGAAAAUGAAAAGCACUCUGGUGUUUUACCUUUGCCUUAUUGGCUUUGUUCUCGCUAAACAUUCAGCGCAUCAUCAUCAUCAUCAUUAUCAUCAGACGGUGGCAAAUGCUCCAAUUGGAAGAAUACGUGGUUCUAUUUUAACUUCUAGGCAUGGGAGGCAGAUUUAUUCGUUUCGCGGCAUAAGAUAUGGCAAACCACCUGUUGGACCCCUACGUUUUCAACCUCCAGUCCCAGCAGAAGAUUGGGAAGACGUUUUCGAUGCUAGCAAAGAAGGGCCGAGUUGUCCUCGUCCUAAUAAUACAUUGAUAUCGGAAGAUUGUUUACGCUUAAACGUAUACACUACCAAAUUACCUUGCGAACGCGAAAAUGUGUCAAGGCCAGUUAUGGUGUUCAUACAUCCCGGUGGCUUUUACUCGUUUUCGGGACAAAGUGAAAUUUUCGGACCACAGUAUCUAAUGGAUAAAGACGUCGUCUUGGUUACAAUUAACUAUCGUCUUGGAACACUAGGUUUCUUGAGUACCGGUGAUCAGAUUGCACCAGGUAACAUGGGCCUAAAAGAUCAAGUCGUGGCUUUGCGUUGGAUUCAAAGGAACAUCGCUGCUUUUGGUGGCAAUCCAAAUUCCGUUACUCUAGUCGGUUGCAGCGCUGGAAGUUUUAGUAUCAUGUUGCAUAUGGUAUCUCCAAUGUCUAAAAACUUAUUCCACAGAGCUAUCGGAAUGAGUUCAUCAGCUAUCAAACCAGAAGUUUAUUCCGGUAUAUCGCAAAAUGGGCAAAUAGAACUUGCCAAGAAACAGGCCCGACUAGUGGGUUGUCCCACCGAUUCAACUAGUGCUAUGGUGCAGUGCCUUAAUACGUUACCUAUGGAAAACUUCACAAAUACAUUAGAUCAAAUGUUUGAUUGGCAUGGUAAUCCUAUUCUACUGUGGACACCUACUGUGGAACCCAAUGUUCCGGGUCUUGAAAGAUUUUUGUCCGAACAACCGUAUGAUAUGAUCACACAAGGACGGUUCUACCAGGUCCCUUACAUCCUUGGAAUUACAGAAGAAGAAUUUGGCGGAGUAAUAGUGCUUUAUGAAAGAGGUGCGAAAAGUGGUAAUAAUCUGUAUCCUGAGGUGAACAAUAAUUGGACUACCCUCGCACCUAUCAUAUGCAUGUACGAACGUGAUACACCGCAAUCAAAUUAUAUCAGUAACGAAUUACGACAAUUUUAUUUCAAAGAUCAGCAAAUUGAUUCGAGUACCAAAGAGCAACUUGCUAAAGUAUAUGGUGAUUCUGUAAUUAUAUUCCCCAUGUAUCGAGCAGCUAAAUUAUUUGCCACAUACUCGAAGGAGCCAGUAUACUUUUAUAAGUUUACUUACGAAGGACGUUACAGUUUUUACAUGUGGAACGAUACUACACCAUACGGUGCAUCGCAUCAAGAUGAUCUAAUGUAUCUAUUCUACAUGGAAAAAUAUUUCCCGUACUUUGGACUUGAUGCCCCCGAAGCUCCUAUGAUAGAACUUUAUACCAGUAUGUGGACAAAUUUCGCUACAAAUAGUGAGCCGAUUCCUAAGAACGAUGAUAAAUUCAGAAACGUAAAAUGGAACAACUUCGUACCUGAGCAAAUCAAUUAUUUGGACAUCAACCUUCAUCCAACUAUGAAAACUGGAAUCUUCCCUGAGAGAAUGCAGUUAUGGGAACGGCUAUUCCCCUUGCCUUCGGCUUCAAAGACAGUGAAACAAUGAAUGUAUUGUUCUUCUAUAAUUGAACAGUUCUUUCUAUCUUUGACAUUUCAAUAUUGAAUUUCUAUCAAGAAAUUUUUACCAAGCUAAUACAACAGAAAACAGGGG